AUGGAGUCCACGUUGCCGUCACCCGAGUCCGAGGGCGAGUAUAGGCCCUGCGGGGAUGGCUCGGGUGCGCUGGCGGCGGCGGACGAUGACGCGGCGGCUACAAUGACACCAUUCCUUUGGCGCUACAGCGAAGAAAGUUUGUCCGAGUCGUCUGGCUUGUUGCAAGUCGGCUGGCCUGGAGUUCAGGAAAGGAGCCCACGCCACAGGAGAGGGGGAGCGCGCGCUGGCGCUGGUCUUCCUGCGCUGCCUAAGGCGCCGCGGGUGCCCGGCGGGACGUGGCUCUCCGAGGCCCCCAACAGCGACUUCGGGCUGAGCAAGUACUGCGCCUCCUUCAGCGACAUCAGCGGGAAACAGGAGAGCGGCCCGGUGACGUGCGUCUUGAUGACGAACGCCCGUCUGGGGGAGAGAAGCCUCGACUUGUUCGAGCGCCGGGACGCGCGCAGUGUCCCCGGACUUGAGUUGCUGCUGGCCGGUGGCGACCUGUACCAGCUCAACCAGAACAGCCGGCAGGUGUGGAAGGCGGUGCGCAGCAACGCCAGCUUCGUGGAGCACUUCUACCUACUGUGCAAGCAGAGGGAUUCUGUGGAGAUCGCGCGCGACAUCUGCAGGGAGCUGGAGCAGCUUCUGGGCGCCGGAGACCUGUGCGGGACCAUCUGUGACAGUCUGUGCAAGGGCGUCAGACAGUGGAUGAACAACCAGAGCGUGUGUCUGACGAGCGGCUGGAGCCAGUGGCAGCAACUCGUCGACGAAAACGUCGGGAAGGAGGUGUCGGAGUGGCGAGCGGUGACCACCGGGCUCCGGUACUGCAGCGUGGGAGUCGUCCGGGCCCACGUGGAGUCCUGCAACCCAGCGUGGGUGAGGCCUCCAGAGAGGGGAGCGGCGGCGCUGACUGCUACGAAGCUCCACCAGGCGCUGAUCCGCGAGACAAACGUUAUGGUGGCUGUGGAGCGGUACGCGGAGCGGCAAGACUGGACUCUUCGCUGUUGGGGACCGUUUUGUCGAUGGCUGGUAAUUGCAGACGACGAUAGAGAAGGUAACCGUGUCAUUUUGGACGAGCUACUGAGCCAGACGCAAAGUGAACACCGCCUCGUCAUUGUGUCAUCGAAGGAAGGUGACUGCUUCAGCGACGAGUGCAACUCAUCUGACGUCAGCGACGAUAGCUGGAACAGGCUCCUGGAUGUCGAAGUGAGACUGAACGGCGACGGCUACAGGUGCUGCCUCCGGGACCUGUUGGCUGGCGCCGGCGCUGCCGAGUCGCUCAAGUCGCUCCUGGCAGGCGAGCCGGCGCUGCUGCUGGCCCUGGUCUGUUCCACAUGUACACUAGACAACAAAAAAAUGGACCACUACUGA